AUGUGCCAGCGCAACACUUCCGCUCCCGUUAACCGUAACGACACCGAGGAGGAGGAGCUCCCGCAGUUCGAUUUUACCACCUCGUACGAGGGUAUCUGCUGCUGGGAGAUGUGUAUGGUCCCGAUUCAGGACCUCCCCCGUACCGACAAGCUCUGUGGUUCCCAUUAUAUGGACUACUAUUUCUACAACAAGAUCCCCGGCUGGACCAAGUAA